AUGAAUGGCAUCUCUUCGGUGUUUCGCGAUCACUUAGUUCGCGACCCUGAAAGCAAUAUACGUGAAUCUUUAGCAGAUUAUUAUGCGGGAGCUCACUUUCUUCGAUACGAAAGUUGUGGCCAGUGGAAGCGUGUUGGUGAUCAACUGGAACGAGGAAAAGCACAGAAGACGAGCAAAAAGUUGUUUCUGAAGCUACUAGCAUCCUUUUUCGUGCUUGGCGGGAGCAGCACAACAAUGGCUGAAGACAACUAUCUGCCCACGGGUACGCUCGACGACGAUAUACUGCGACGUUCAAAAGGUGCAGUGGAAGCCCGCAACAGACCAAGUGAAGGUUUUUGA